UUAGGCAGUUUGACAGCUGCUUUGGUCGUCAUAUCAAAUAGAGGAAAAUCUAAGCCGUGUCAAUUUUUCUUGUCUAGAAUUUUUAACUAUUGAGAAAAACAAUAUCCUAAGUUACAGUUUUGCACAAUUGUGCGUUUUAAUUUCGAUUAAGUGUCGGGGAAAAUAGUUAGUUUAUUCGUUAGAACAAAGUGGUGUAUUUUUUCAGUAACACAGUAUAAACAUCAACCCCUCCAUUUAGAAUUAGAACAACAAAACCAAAAAAAAAAAUACACAAGCAAAAAGCUGCUGUCGACGCUAACGCCAACGUUGUCAUCGGUAACGACUGUAUUGAGGAAGUAGUUAACGCAGAUAUUGACGAAAACUAGCUAUAACGGCAGUAAAGAUAAAACAAAGCACAACAGGGACCAAUUGGAAAUAUUAAUAAAAAUAAACGCAUAAAAAAGUGUUUGUUUUUAAUAAAUAUUAUAAAAUUUGCGAAGCCAAUAAAUUCAUCGCUGCAGCAUGCCUUCAAAGAAGAAGAAAUACAAUGCGCGUUUUCCGGCGGGUCGCAUCAAGAAAAUAAUGCAGAGUGACGAAGAAAUCGGAAAGGUCGCCCAAGCUGUUCCCGUCAUAAUUUCUAGGACAUUGGAACUCUUUGUGGAAUCACUUUUAACGAAAACAUUGAGAAUUACAAAUUCGCGAAAUGCAAAAACCCUAUCCACUUCCCACAUGAAGCAAUGCAUCAUGUCGGAGCAGCGUUUUGAUUUCCUGCGUGAAUUGGUAAAGAAUGUGCCCGAUAUAAGCGUGGCAGAAGAGGCAGCCAACUAUAACGAAGAGGACGGUCAGAGUUCACCGGAUGAUGUUUAUCCCGAUUCGGAUACACCAUACGAUCUGAGUAUGCCAUCCACAUCAGGCGCACGCAACCAAUGUCGCAUGAUUCCCACGCCAAAGGUCAAUGGCGGACAAACACAUUUCCAGUACAAACAGCAGCAACAAUACCAAUUAUCACCGCAAAAUGGCAGUGUUAUUGACAACACAGCAGCCACUGAAGCAGACUUAAGGCAACGCAUACGUCAGCGCCUCACACCAAGUGUUAUCGUGCACACGGCAUCUGUGGCACAUGCUGCAGCAGCAGCCGCAAGGCCACCACCAUCCUCACCUGCAGCGUCAACAGCAACCACAGCGCCAUCGACACCAAGAGGUGCCUAUGGCAAUUAUGUGCAACCCUUGAAAUUAAUGCGUUCCGAAUCGUCGCCUGCCAGUGCAGCGCAGCAUAUGUGGCAAGUAUCGCCUCCAAAUAUAGCUACACAUCAGCAACUGGGACAUAAACGUCUACGACAUCAGGCGCAGUCAAUGCCGAGCAGCAACAACAAUAAUGACAAUUGUACCGGCACAUCGCCCACCAAGCGACAAAAGCCCGAAUCACACAUAACACAACAAACACAUUCACAAACUGCCAUACCCGCGCCUGUUUUCAGCUAUGAUCUCUGCAAUAAGCCCGUCGUCAAGAUCGAUUACAGCAAUCUGCCGCUAACACCUGCCGCCAUGGGUACCAAUGAACAGCUUAACACAAAAGCUGGCAUGAGCAGCAGCUUACCGUUGAGUGCGCCUGUAACAAAUGCGAACUUCAAUUUCACUGCCGCAUCGCCCAUUAUCAACAUUGAUUUGUCCAAUAUUGUGACGAAUAGCGGUGGCGGUGGCAGUGGCGAUGGUAAAUCGUUGAAUACAGGCAAUAAUGCGCCUAUGCCUGCUGUUGCUACCAUAAGCAUUGGCGCCUUGCCGGCUGAAAUGGCCAAUGUGAUUACAACACCACCGGCCAGUGUGUGCAGCAGCAAUAUUGGUGCGGUGGCGGCGAAAGCGUCAAAGGCGUCAACUACGUUCAGUACUCCGCCCACAAAUCAACUAUCUGACUGUAAAAUAGACUCCAAUACCAUAGUCGUUGAGUCCACAUCAUCCUCAUCGUCGUCGUCCAGUUGCUCACCAUCGUCAUCAUUCGCAUCGACGUCGGCUAACAACCAGUAUGGUAGCGGCAGCAAGAGCAUGUUGAAAGCUUCAAGCGAGAUUAUGGCAAAAAUGACUGCACCAGAAACAAAAACACUCGCUGCAACGCGUAAAAGUUUGAGUACAUUUUUCGAAUUAGACGAAGACUAUGACAAUAUUUGAAUUUAAUUUUUUAAGUUUUAAAUCUUAACAUAACUGUUAAGGAUAAUUUCCUUUUUUUU